CGCAGAUGUUCUCUUGAUAUAUGGAGAAAAUAAAAAUGCUGCUUUGUGAUUUGUCAGUGAUUAUGUUUGAUGAUUUCCUCUGUUGUGUCUAAUAAGGUAACAGUGAGUGUCAUUGGCAGCUGUGAGAGUCUCUCUCUCUUUAGGGGACUGACAGGAGCCAGUUUCUUCAGUGUGUGUGUGAGGGAGCAGGGGAGAAACAGAGUCAAACAAACAGUGUGACGAGCAGAAGAAGAUGGAGGGAUUUCUGACACUCGUUUUACUCUCCUCUAUAGUCACUAUAAACACAUCUGAUUUUGAGACUGUGAGGUUAGUUGGUGGGAACAGUCCCUGUGCUGGUAGAGUGGAGGUUCAUCAUGAUGGUCAGUGGGGAACAGUGUGUCAUUACGGCUGGGAUAUGACUGAUGCUGGAGUGGUGUGUAGCGAGAUGGGAUGUGGAAAGGCUCUAGAGGCUGUGUAUAAUGCUCGCUUUGGACAAGGAUCAGGACCAAUCUGGAUGGAUGCUGUGGCCUGUAGUGGAUCAGAGUCUACACUGAAGAACUGUGGAUCAAGAGGAUGGGGUGGUCAUUAUCGCUGUGGUCAUUAUCAUGAUGCUGGAGUCAUUUGCACAGAAAGCAUAAACUAUGGACGGUUUACAAGACUUGAUGAUGGACCUCACCUGUGCUCUGGGAGAUUAGAGGUUCUCCGUGGGAACACCUGGUACACAGUGUGUGACGCUGCCUUUGACCAGCAGGAUGCAGAGGUUGUGUGUAGAGAGCUGGACUGUGGAGCUCCUGUACAAGUGCUGGGAGAAGAUGCUUUUGGCAAAGGAGACGCUCAGAUGUGGACACAAGAGAUUCAGUGCAGAGGAAAUGAAUCACACAUUCGACGCUGUUCAUCAUUAACCUCACAUAAUAUACACUGCACCCAUGAACACAACGUGGUGUUCUGGUAA